UUAAAACCACAUUCAUAUAGGUAAGUCUUAAUUCUGUUUCAAAGUAAACAAUCACGGACAUGUACGUUCGUGCAUACCACAUGUAUUUGCAUAUUAACCACAUUAACCAAAAUACAUAAUUAUUGAUUGGGGACCAUUUCAUUGUUCUAUCGACCAUCUGGCUAGACUGCACUGUUCUACUUACGUGCAAGGAAUGGUAUAUAUAUAUUUUUUUGCUGAAGCAUGUGUUAUAACAAGCCAUCUUUGUUUUGAGCCGCAUGAAAUUUGCAUACUAAAGCACCACGUGUUUACCAUUGGCUAGAUGGCUUCCAGGGUGUGUCAUACCAACUAAAGUGCAGUGAAGUACGAGGAUAAAAAAAAUAAAAGUGUUUCGAGGGGAGCCAAAUUGUAAAAUGUUAUCUGUAAUCGUUACCACCUGUGAUAUAAUGUGGUCUUAUUGUCCCCCAAAUUUGUUUACGAAGAGCUCAAGAUGCUUGCUUAACCAUUGCUGUCAUCAUGUUAUACACGGAAGGUUUUGUUUGAAUUCAUGGUUCUCAGGAAGAUUGUGAAGACUGCGUGGUGUGUCUGAAGCUCUGUUGCAGUUCUUUACCCAGGAGUUAAAACCAUCCAGAAAUUUUUUUUUGCAGUAGGCAUAGAUUUUCUCCACUAGUCUUGCUACAAUACUUGUAGCACCUGUUAACAUUGUAUGAUAACUUAGUCCUUCAAUAUUUGUGCAUUAGCUUUUGUCAUUUGUCCCUUCAUCAUCAAUGUAAUACAGGUCAUAGAUGUUAAGAUGAGAUGCAUCAGUCCCAAAACGUACCUUUAUCAGAAUGUAAUGACUAUGCAUUUUCAUUUUCAUCCAUUUUUUUUAUUAACUGUAGAAAUGUCAGUUCUGUUUGACAUGUUCACAAAUUUGUUUAUGUUUGUCCAACCAACACCUAUUUUGGAGUUGUCAGGUUCUUUGUUAAAAGUGGCGAAGUGUAGUAAGUGUAGUAAGUGUAGUAAGUGUAGUAACACAUACAUCCCUGGAAACCAGGCCUAUUCAAUUCAUGGAAUACUGUCAUGGGUAAUUGGUAUGAAUUAUAUGAAAUUUUUCACAAGCUUACUGAGUGUAUUGAAUGUAGGUAUCAUAAACAAUGUUAAGAGAAGUGUGGAACAUAUGGUAAUUCAAAUUCAGUUUGUUACUGUGAUGUUUUGUCUGUAAUUACAAUAAUGAAACUAGUAUUUAGCAUAACAUUUUUUUUGUGAUCUUCUUGUUCUAUCUACAGAAAGCUGUGUUCCGUGCUAUUUUUUGCUUUAUGAAUACAUGUUUAUUUUUUCGCAGCAGAACCAGUGCUCUGUAGAGGUAGGUAAAUCAUGUUUAAUUUUCUAAUUGAUACUAACUAAAUACGUACUUUAUCAUAAUUUAUAAGCAAACUACCUACAGUUCCUGCUUAUAUGUUUUUCUGCCUAUAACAUCAUAUUUUUUUUAAGUACCAACAUUUCCCCCAUAAGAACAAUGUAUGUAUAUCCUGUGUAUAUUUUUUCAUGAAUGGUGCAUUUCCUGCUUAUAGCGUUUUACAAAAUUCACUUGGAAAACUUGUGUUUAUUCUGUAUAUCAAAGGUACAUAUGUUUGCAGUUACAUGUCUCUUGGCACCUUCAUCUUAGAAAACAAAAUAACAAAUCCUUCCUUUACUUGCCAUUCUGGUGUGUUUUGACAUGUAUGUACAUAGUUCUACAAUAUUUUAGUUUUGAGUCCAGGGUUAAAAAGUUACACACUGAAUAGUGUUAAAUGGAUAUUUCCUGCUUAUAAUGUUGUUCUGCCCCUUGAGAAACUUUAUAACAGGGUUCUACUGUAGUUGAAAUUUUCCAGUACUGAAAUAGGCGACUAAAGGUAGUUUUUAGCCACUAGAAUAACUUGUCAAGAAAUGUUUGAGAUCCUGUCAUUAGCUGGUUAAUUACACUAAUUCCCUAUUUAUAUUGUUUUCAAGCUUAUGUAUCUGGUUGAUAUUCAAACCUAAAAAACUAUCUGAAUGGUGUAAAUAUGUUUUUUUUAUGUACAUUUUAGUUUAAGCUUUGGCACUUUCCGUGCAUAUCCCUGUAGGUAAUAAUAAUAAUCCACCAAAUAAAUUUGCUUGGUUAUAAGUUAUUUUUGAUUUUAAAUAGUUUUUUUUUACAGUGGUAGCAUUGUAGGUAACAAUAAUAUGUAUGUUUAUUUAUACUAAUGUUCAUGAAGUAAAUGUGUUUUGUAGACUAUUUUAUGAUCAUUUGUAAUGUGAUGUGUCUAAAAAUACCAUUUCCAUUUAGAAGUUGUGUAUAACAGCUCGUGGUGUGUUGACAUGCCCAUGAAACAAAAAUGCCAUGCCGAACUUAGCCGCGAUGGUGUGAAUUUUUUAUGAGUAAUUCUGACGUGCUGAGACAGGUGGAAAGGUCGGUCAAAAAAAACUUGGAUUGUGGAAAAAUCCGUGGCAGAAGGGAAGCAGAUGUACUGUUGUAGUAAUGUAUCACCAUGCAUACAUUUGUAUAUUCUUUGCAGUAUUCUGGUUUGGAGGUAGAAAUUGAUUUACUUCAUUCUCUGUGUUUCAGUUGUUAAGUGCUACUUUAUGUUUAUUUUGGGCAUGCUGUAAAUUAUGAACUAGGUCCUUGUUUGGAAUUUUAAACAUUUUGUCAGAGAUUGCAGGUGAACUGUUAGGCAGUGGGUUAACACUGUACAAUGGUUCUCGAUAAUGUGUAGCAGGAAAUUUAAACCUGACUUCACAAAUAAACUCUUGUCAAGAAUUGGCAAAAAAUUUUAUUUAACGGUUCGAAUUGAGUUUUUGGAAACAGAAUAUUGUGAUAUAUAUUAAGAUUGAUUACUCAACGCUAUUAAUAAGUAUAUCAUAAAUCAAGCCAAAGAAAAUUGUUAGCUCAAGAGUUUUAAGUUUUUUUUUUGAAGUUGCUUUCAAUUCCAUGUUGAAGACUUAAAUAAGAUUUUAUAAAUGUGCAAAUAUUUUUUUGAUAAAACAAUGGUACCUAGCUGCUAGUGGUUGAACUGUGACAACUAUCAUAGGAAAUUCUGUGUCCUUUAGAAGAUGCAGGUAUGUAGUUAGUUUAUUGUGAACUGACACAAACUGAUUACUGGUCUCUUAAAUGUUAGGGUGGUAACAGUAUUGCCUAUGAUCAUGCAAAACUUGAAUGGUGUAUCUUGAAGUGAAGCAUUCACAUAUAUCUGUCUAGGGCACUGAUGGCCAACUUAUCUCUAUAUAGAUUCUAAAUAAUAUUUUUGUGUAAUUCUGUGAGAAUAUCAUUGCCUUUCAUAACAAUGUCUCCGGACAACUUAUUAUUACACACAAGAGUGUGUUUAUUUUUUAUUUUUAUAAAUAUUGUUUUGGAAUACUGACUCUACCAAAAUAGUGUAUUUGUAUGCUGCAUUUUUACAAUAAAAUAAUUUGUAAUAAAUUGGUCUAUAACAGAUACAGUCAGAAAAAUUAAAAUAAAUGGGCAUACAUUUAUGGUUUGAAAAUGAUUCAAUAAAAGAUGCACAAUAAAACAAAUUUAAUUAAUUUUUCUGAUCUAUGCACUUUGGUACAAUUCUUGUCUGGAAAUAAUAUCAUUCCUUGAAUUUCAAACAUUAAAAGAUUACUUUUUUUUUGUGGUUUGAAUUAAGUAUUGGUGAAAUGCUGCUUAAUUUUGUGAUAUAACUUACAUUUUGGUGCUGUUAUGGUAUAUUAACUUGCACUCCGGUGUUAUGCGGUGUAUUGCAAUUCACCCUAUAAUCUUGUCCUACUUAUUAUUCAUGUAUGCUAACAAAGAUGGCUAAUUCACGAAGGUAUACCUUAUGAUAUUUUACUGACAGAUUUUUUUAAGCGGCCAUGCGAGAUGUCUUGCGGGCCGCCAGUUGGCCCGUCACUGGUCUAUGGCAUUGCAUUUCCCUUUCAAACACCUAUGCCAGAAUUUAUUGAAAACCUUUUUCAGUUUAAAUGAUUGUGCUUUCAGCACGGGCUCUCUUCCAACCGGACGUUUGCGCCAGCGAGACGUCACCCCUGGAGUUGGAGAUGUUCUCGGCGUUGCUGGAUAUUUUCAUCUGGCUGCCAACAGGGCAUGUGACCAUUGUCUGUGACGAACAUGUCGAUACACAGUUCCCGGGACUGCUGAGCAGACGCCUGCAUAACUUCAGCAUCGUCACCCGCAGUUACAACAUCAUUCAGCAGGAGCGCCACAACGAGACGUUUUACAGGUUUGUGAAAGAUGUCAUUUUAAAACAUGAAGAAUCUGUUAACCUUAUAUUUUGUUCCUUGGAAACUGCAGAAGAUUUAAUUGAGGAGAUCAGAGAGAACAAUCUCAUCACGCGGAACGUGUUGUACAUGUUCUACUUGCGCUCCUGGCCACCUUCGCGCAGGUUCACGGACGGUCUGCUGGAAGCCAUGAGGGUAGUCGUCAUCACGCGACCGCGCGACGGAGUUUACAGGGUGUACUACAACCAGGCCGCCUCCGGCAGCAGGAGCCAGUUCACGCUCGUCAACUGGUGGUCGGCAGCCACCCGCAAGCUGCACAGGCGUCCCGUCCUGCCCCCAGCGGUCUCCGUCUACAACAACUUCCACGGCAGGGAGUUCCUCGUGCCUGUCCUGAACAAGCCGCCCUGGUACUUUGUCGCAUACGAGAACGACACCAUGGUGUCUGUGGAAGGAGGCCGAGAUGACCAGCUCCUAGAACUGUUAGCGGACAAACUGAACUUCAGAUACGAGUACUUUGACCCACCUGACCGCAGCCAGGGCUCUGCAAUAACAAAGAAUGGGACGUUUCCUGGAGUCCUAGGGCUCAUCUGGAUGAGGGAGGUGGAGUUCUUCCUGGGGGACGUCACGGUGACCUACGAGAGAAGCCAGGCCGUGGAGUUCUCGUUCUUCACGCUGGCAGACAGCGGAGCCUUCGUGACGAGGGCCCCGGGCCGCCUGAACGAGGCCCUGGCUCUGGUGCGCCCCUUCCAGUGGCAGCAAGCCAGAAGCACAGUUUCAGAACGGGGGGAACUGAGCACGCCAGAUGGAACGGCCGGACCGUCGGUGCAGGUGUGGCCGCCGGUGAUAGCGACCGUGGUGCUGUCCGGGCCGAUCCUGUUCGCGGUGGUGGAGGCCCCGACCCUGUGGUGGCCGGGCAGGCGGGAUCCGCGGCGCCGGAGGAAGCUCCUCUGGGACAGCAUGUGGUUCGUCACCACCAUCUGCUUCCGGCAGACAGGUAGGGAGGUGUCCACCAGUCAUAAGGCACGUCUCAUCACCAUCCUACUGACGUUUGCCACAACGUACAUUAUUGGAGACAUGUACUCUGCUAACUUGACGUCUCUGCUGGCCCGUCCCGGGAGAGAAGCUCCAAUAAACACUCUGGCAAAGCUGGAACGGGCCAUGAAGGAAGAUGGAUAUCAGUUGUUGGUUGAAAGUCACAGCUCUUCCUAUGGGAUACUGGAGAAUGGCACGGGAAUAUACAAGAAACUAUGGCGAAUGAUGUCUCAUCAGCCAUAUGCCCUCAUUUCAUCUGUGCAAAAUGGCAUGCCGCUGGUACGAGCUAACAAGAAGUACGUUCUGCUCGGGGGACGAGAGACAUUGUAUUUUGACGCCCACCGCUUUGGAGCACAACACUUUCACCUGAGUGAGAAACUUUACACACGCUACUCUGCUAUCGCCCUGCAGAUUGGAUGCCCCUUCCUAGAGAAUGUCAACAAGAUCCUGAUGCAACUGUUUGAGGCGGGCAUCGUGACCAAGAUCACGGAGAGCGAGUACAGGAAGCUGGGGGAGAAGCUUCGCGCCACACAAGGGGUGCCUGGCGAGGCCGGCAAACAGGGGCUCUCUGGCGAGGCCGGCAAGCAGGACGGCGACCCCACCAAGGGCUCCGCGGCCUCCAGCACAGCCGAGGAGCAGCUGCUGAGACCAAUCACCAUGACCAUGCUGCAGGGUGCCUUCCUGGUGCUGCUCAUGGGGUACACGCUGUCCGGAUUGUCAUUCUGGUGCGAGACGUGGACGAAUCGGCUCCAGCCAUAUCACUGGGGGUGCGAGCCAAGGACUCGUCUACACUUGAACCCCAAGGCCUGCGAACGUUGCUGGGCGCUGUGCUCAGCCACAUGGGAGGAGUUUGUUCCCCCAUCACCGAUGGGCAGCUCCGCCUCCUGGUUGGGUCAGCCGUACCUUGAGUAGCAUGGCCAUUCCUCGUUUUUUCAUCACCACAACCAGCUGGAUCAGAUUUGUAGCUCUCCGUCCUCAUUAAAUACUAGCAACAGGUUUAAAGUUCAUCUGUUGUUGGGCCUAACGAUGAGUUGUCACAUCACUAUCCUGCACAUGUGCCUGUGCAACUUAUGCCCACACACGUGUGCCAGUGCACACAUGCAUGCUAAUGCACAUGUGCACUACUUGAAUCAUGUGUAUACAUGUGAGUGUGCAAUUGUAUAAAUGCACAUGUGCACUGGCAUGCAUGUGGCAUGUGUGCCUGUACAUGCAUGUGAGUAAUCACAUGUGCACACACAAUUAUUUGAUUAAGCUUUUGCACAUAUACAUUAUUCCACACAAACAAAUACACUUCAAUGAGCAAACACACACACACACACACACACACACACACACACACACACACGUGUGCAUGUGCACGUUAACAACUGCCCACUGCCAUUAGUGUAAAUGUACAGUUUGGACAUACUGGAUGAUUGGAAAAGUUACAAUUGCCUGUGUACUCUCGCAAAGGUGCCGGUGCACACAUGCUAGUGUACUCUCGCACAGGUGCCUGUGUACUCUCGCACCGGCGCCUGUGCACACUCGCACCGGCGCCUGUGCACACUCGCACCGGCGCCUGUGCACUCUCGCACCGGCGCCUGUGCACUCUCGCACCGGCGCCUGUGCACUCUCGCACCGGCGCCUGUGCACUCUCGCACCGGCGCCUGUGCACUCUCGCACAGGCGCAUGUGCACGCUCGCACAGGUGCCUGCGCUCUCUCGCACAGGCGCAUGCGCACUCUCGCACAGGUGCCUGCGCACUCUCGCACAGGUGCCUGCGCUCUCUCGCACAGGUGCCUGCGCUCUCUCGCACAGGUGCC